AUGAAAUUGGCGCAAUUGAAAGUAAAUGGAGCAUUAGUUAAUGCUUUUAUUGAAAGGUGGAGGCCAGAAACACAUACAUUUCAUUUGAAGUGUGGCGAGGCAACUAUUACACUUCAAGAUGUUUCUGUGCUACUUGGUAUUUCUGUGGAUGGAAGACCUGAUGCAGUUGAUGGGAACUCACUUUUAUUGAGUUGGCUGACUUCUCAAUUUGCAAAUAUUCAUGAUUUUACAGGCAACCAAAAAGGGCUUGAAAGCUUUGCUUGUGCUUGGAUCUUAAGAUUCAUAGGAGGCGUGAUGUUUGUUGACAAAAGCAGCAGAAGGAUGCCAAAAACGGUGCCAAUGAGAUAUUUGCAAUUUUUGAGAGACCUUAGAGAGUGCAGCACUUAUGCAUGGGGAGCUGCUCUUUUGGGUAACCUUUAUAGAGAGAUGUGCAUCGCAACAGACUAUAAUGCUAAAUCAAUAGGCGAUUUCACUCUCUUGAUUCAAUUAUGGGCAUGGGAACGAUGCCCAAUGUUAGCCCCGUCGUAUAUUCCUCCACAACAACAAAACGCACCACUUGCCUACAGAUGGUUGAGAGGUGAAUUGCAUCACAUAGGCAAUGACAAUUUACUUGAGUUUCGUCAUAAAUUAGAUGUCAUGAAACGCGACGAGUUUGUUUGGGUCCCUUAUUCUGGACAUGUGGAAAUGAAUUUGAGUCAACCGGAUAGAGUCAUGCGACAGUUUGGAAUGCAACAACCUAUUCCGGACCCAGUAAUGCAACCCAACAACAUACAUGACUUGACAUUAAAUGGAAAAGAAGGAAGAAAUUGGAUGCGACUAAUGCAACCCGCGCUUAAUGAAUGA